AUUAAACAAAGCACGAGAAAAAGAAGGUUAAGACGGAGUCCUUCUUCAUUCUGUGUUUAUGUAUGCAUAUCUUUUCUCUCACAGAAGAAACCCCACAAUCCGCAUGAUCAUGAUGAUGAUGGCGAUGUCCUUCUCUCUCUUUUCCUCUUACACUCUUCCCAUCCAUUCUCUCGUCCUUUCCUCUUUCUUUCUUCCAAAAAAAAUCACCCACUUCUAAUCAGACAAAAACAAGAGUUGUUAUAAGUCCAUUUCUUUCUUCCAUUUCCACAAAAAAUUUCACCACCACAAACCAACACCUUCCUAACUGUCCUUUGCCACCCUUUACUCAUUUUCACUGUUACAAUCACUUUCCCUACAAUCCUGCAACCGAAAAAGGAACAAAGAAGAAAUCUCUGUAUGUUCACGGGUGCUGUGUAGUUAUAGCCUGAGCUGUGCCCCAUUCCAUACGCGACUUUUCCUCCUUCGUUAUCCCUUUUUUCUUCUUCUUUCUAUUAAAAAGUGAUGGAAAGGGAAGAAAUUCCUGGGUUGAAUUCUGGUGAUUCUUCUUCUCGCGAGGCUUUGGAAUCCGAACAGAAGAACAUGGGUACCCAGAGAAUCUCUGUUUCAGAUCACAUAAACGCGUUUCAGUAUUCAGCUGACGAAGCUGAUAGCUUUGUGAUUGACAUGGAUUCCUUCUCUCCUCCCACCAUCAACAAAGAUAGUAUCAACACUAAUUCAAGAAUUACAUUGCAGCGGAACCUUUCCAGGAAAGGAUCUCAGCGUGGGGGCGACAGGAAGGUGAACGGCAAUGUUACACUUCAUGAUAGGGAUACUGUUCCAACUACAUGCUCACCAAAAGCUGCUCUAGCAGGAUCCUGCACGGCUGAAAAGUCAGCGACGGUAGCAGUAGGGUCCACGCAACAUUCCACAAACACACAGGUUCAUCAUCAUAUUACUAUUACUGCCAGUAACAUGUGCACCACCAACACCGAAAGCAAAAGUGUAACUAGAAGAAAUAGUUUUAAACGACCUUCUUCUUGGCUCCUUGACCCUAGAAGAGUUCUUAUUUUCUUCGCCACCUUGUCAAGCAUGGGAACAAUGUUGCUAAUAUACUUCACUCUUACUAUCAGCAAGCAAAGUGCAGAUGAAUAAGGGGGUGAAUGGCAGUAGUUACUUAUGCCACUGACUUAAAUGGGACAAAUGAAAUGAUGGGUUAUGUAAAAUCUAGAUCCUAGGAUUGGAGCAAAACUCAGGAACAAGAAUUUUGAAGACAAAUUCGUAAAACUUUCGAUAGGCAACUAAAAUUUCCACCACCUUGACGUCAGAAUCAGUUACCUGUUGGGGGGCUACGAAAGGCAAAUUCAAUGACAUACUGCACUACGAUAAAGGGGGAAGGAAUAUUUUUUUUUUCUGUGAAUGGAAUACAGCAACAGAUAAAGAUCACAUGUAAGAGAGUGCUCUAUAGUUUAUUUGGAGUGUCACCAAAGGGCAUAGAGGUGUUGUCCAUUUUUGCUCUUUCUACUCCGUCCUUAUUUUUAUUCCCUGUAUCUUUUGUUUUGAUCAUGUAAUGGCAAGUGAAACUUUUUCUAAAGUGUGUAA